CCACCAUCUACGAACGUCACCGCCAAUAUGUCCUCAGACCCUGUUGCCUCUUCCUCCUCCGCCUCGGGUUCAGGAUCGACCUACAAUCCUUCGACUCGUCCGGAGCAGAUUGACCAGCUCAUCGCGGGCGUAGACAGGUACAACCCUCACAACCUGCCCCUGCUGCACGACUAUCUCGAUGCUCAGCUCAAGGGAGAGUACCCGUGGGACUGCAUGGCCGCCCUUGCCAUUCUCAAGCUCUACCAAUUCAACCCCUCGACCUUUUCCUACGAGACGGUCACUUGCAUGCUCGCCAAAUCCCUCCACGCCCUCCCCUCACCGCACACCAACCUCUGCCUCUCCCUUCUGGGUGAGGCGCCCGUCUCCAUCCUCGCUCCUGCAACCCCUGCUCCCGCCAAGGAGGAGGGCGACGCAGCAGGGGACGCCGCUAACCCAACCCCGGCGGAUGCAGCUGCUCAAGCUGCCGGCCAAUCGUCUUCAUCAGCAUCAGCAAACGCAGCAUCUCAGCAACCUUCCGCGGGCAUCCUCACGGACCCGACGAUGGUGAAAUUGCACCACCUCUCCACGCUCCUCUCCUCGUCGCGCUACCCGACCUUCUGGACCACUCUGCGCUCCAACGACUAUUCCGAGGUUCGCUCUGACGUCCUCGACAGGCUGGCUGACUUUGAGGAUGGCGUGCGCCUAGUAGUCCUCAACGGGACCGCGCUCAGCUUUAGGACCAUUAGCAAGGCGAGGCUGAGCAGCUACCUCGGCGUGGAGGAGGGCGAGGUCGAGGAGACGCUCCGCCGUGCUGGUGGCGAGGGAUGGAACGUUAGGGCGGAUGGAGUCGUCGAGGUGCCGGCGAAUGCCGACAACGAGAUUGUCAAGGCGAGCAGUGCGCAGGGAGGUGUGCAGAGGGAGGACGUUGGGUUGGCAGACUUGGGAAGGUUGCUUCAGCAGGCCGCGCCGAGCCAGCCUGGUGCGUCGGUGAAGGCGUGAAGAGAGCAUGGUGAAUGGACUUUCUUCUGUG